GGAUAUUUGGAUAUCAUGUGCUAAAGGUGUCCCGUUUUCCCCACUCUACUAUUUAUCAACGGAACUGUAGAUUAUUAAUGCAAACGUUAUCAAUCUUAAUACUUCCAACUUGUUCCAUAGUUGCACAAUAUUCACCGGAAGCGUUUAAACGGCUGAAAUAGGAUUCGUCGAGUCAUUGUAGUGAGGAAUGCAGCGACCGUGACCUACCGAUUGAGGAUAUUUGGACCCCGGCAACUUACAUGGAAAUUGUUCAUAAAGAGUUUGUAAACCACAAAGCGUGGCCGCAUCGUUUGGAAGCAAGGGGGCAUGUAUAUGCUGAACUUGAGUACGAAAAGAAAGAAUGGUAUACAUGGAAGUCUGUGGAGGGGAACCUGUUCAUUUUUUCCGUGAAAGUAAAUGAAGAAAAUUUACUUUACAUGGUGGUAUCAAAACCUAAAAUUGGAUCGCAGAAAAUACAUAUCGUUAACGGUGUAGAGCCAUGCGCAAACGAUGCACUUGAGUCGGAUCCACGGGUGUUUGAGUAUAUUAAUUUACCGCAUUCGGAAGGGCACGUUUUGUACAACCGCGUAUCCAAGAAGUACAUUGGUAUAAACAAUCAUAACGCUCUGAUUCCAGUAAAACAAGAACAACGGGCUGCACAUUUUAUAUUAACUACUCCGCUCGAAGCAAAAAAGGAGCAGAAACAAGAGGAAAACGUGGAAGUGGAACUGAAGCAAUGCGAAACUGAAUUAGUAUUACAGCAAGUAGAAUAACGCCCGAGCAUGUUUUGUUUUUAUACCACUUUAUUUACCAGUCUUGUUUCUGUGCAUUGUGUAAAAGUAAUGUUUAUAAAUUGAGGGCUAUGCCUUGCUUUAAUCAAUACUUUGUCAAUAAACUACAAAACUUUCGAAACGA